AUGGCAGACAGUGUGGGUAACGCUAAUCUUGGCGAUGAGGAUUUGGAAUUUAUUUCGGAGGACUCCGAAGCAUCUGAAUAUAGCGAUCGUGAAAAGGACGGCCACGAAGUAGCCGAUCAUCAUUUAAAAAACAAAGAAGAAGAAGAAGCAAAACUGGAGGCAGACUUUGCUGUCGAUACUCACGGUGAUGACGAAGAUGGUGAUGAUGAUGACGACGAUAAUGAUGGACAAUUGGCAAGGGGUAAAACAAUUCACCUUCAGCUGCAGACACAGACAUCAAAGAUUGCGACGACUAGACGUUCAAACUGUUGUUUUGGCAAGCGUUGGUCGAAGUCCGAAGAUGUUUUGCUCAAAUCGUUGGUGGAGAAACACGGUGAACGCUGGGACAUUAUUGGCACACACUUUAAAGAUCGGCUUAAGCAACAAGUCCAGCAGCGUUGGGCCAAAGUGAUUAAUCCGAGGCUCAUCAAAGGCCUGUGGACUCGCGAUGAGGAUGAGAAAGUUAUUGAAAUGGUGCAACGUUUUGGGACCAAGAAGUGGGCACUAAUUGCGCGAUUUGUGAAUGGUCGCAAUGGCAAACAGUGUCGGGAACGUUGGCGCAAUCACCUUGAUCCCAAUAUCAAGAAGACCGCUUGGACCAAGGAGGAGGAUAAGAUCAUUUACAAUGCUCACAUCAAGCUGGGAAAUCAGUGGACAAAGAUUGCGAAACUUUUGCCAGGACGCGCAGAUAAUGCGAUUAAAAAUCAUUGGAACUCGACAUUGCGUCGUAAAUAUAAUGUUGAGCAACGAUCGGUGAAUACGCUAACAACGGGCGAUUUGAAAAGCUCUCGCACGCAUCUCGUCACUUUGAUCAAAUCCGGUGGCAUAGGCGGCAUUGGUGCCAAGCCACAACAACAGCAGCAGCAACAACAACAGGCUGGCCAUGGACUGGUAUCGAUAUCAGCUUCGGCGCAAUCGUUUUUGCAAUACACGGAUCUAAAGCUGGGCCCCAGACCAACACCCAAUAUCUUGAAGCGAUCCCGCAAGCAAAAUGCUGCUGUCGACAAUGGGCUGGCAACGACACAACAUCCGUAUGUUGAACUCAAGAGCGAAUAUAAAAACAAGCUGCCCAAAUCGCAAGUUAUAACGCCAUUCAAAUCAUUACCCUUUUCGCCGAGUCAAUUCCUUAGGUCACCCUGUCUGACCACAUUCGAAGAUGUGAACUUGCGCGCUAGCACGCCCGUUGGCAUUGAAACACCUCAUAAAAGUAUUGUUGGGCUGCGGACGCCAACUCCGUUAAAGAAUGCUCUCGCUGCCAUUGGACGCUCCUAUAUUCCCUCAAGCCCGUCGAGUCUGGUUGAGGAUCUGGCCGAAAUUAUCAACGAGGAGCAGAUGAAUGAUUCAGAGCUUAGCAAGAACAGCAAAGGUGUCGAAAACACUGAACGCAACGAUCGCUCGGAUCUUGAGUGUUCCAAUUCACUUGCAUACAGAAGCGGACAUUCCCCAGCGCCAAAGCGUACAAGUAAAUCAUUGCUUCCUAAUUGGGGCUAUAACUUACAAUAUGGAAAGAAAACUUUACCAUUCGAAACCGAAACACCAAGUAAAUUUUUAUCAUCGGAGCAAUCGCCAGCACAUUUUUCGCCAAGCAACAUUAUGAAAGAUUCGCUAUGCGUCGGUAAGGAUCUGCUUUUCGAUGAGGGCAAAAAAGAGAAUCGGCCAUAUUAUCAUCGGCUUCGUGGCUCAUCUAGCAAUCAUCUGUUAGAUCCAAAAUGGGCUCGUGUUGCUUUCGGAAAAACCGAAGAUCAAAUUUUCAUGGAACAGCAGGCGCAUGCAUGUCUCGGUGUAAUGCCGCGAUCGUUAAAUUUUGAGAAGCAAAAAUGAGUUCUUAAUUAAUGUAGAUCAUGUAAAAAG